AUGAUAAUUGCUCGCCUUAUGGGUGAUGAUCGCUACGAGCCAAAACUAUUCUAUCGAGCGGAGAACAGCACUCGCGACUAUCCUAAUUUGGUUCCUUGUCACUUGAAUGAGAAGCACAUGGUUUGCAAAUGUGAACCCGAUGCUUCAUAUCUUAUGGAAUGGAUUAUUCGGAAAGAUGGAAAGCCUCAUCGUUGCGAGUGUGGACAUUGGUUCAAGGCUGUUGACGCUGAGCCCGAGACCGUUUAA